UUUUUUGUAUCGGCACCCGGACAGUUGAUUUGGGAGGUAGUGAAGAAGAAUAAUUGCUUUUUGGUGAGGCAGUUUGGAAGAGGAACUGCUAGCCUUCAGUUCAGCAAAGAGCCCAACAAUCUCUACAACCUACACUCCUACAAACACUCUGGGUUGGCAAACAAGAAAACAGUCACCAUUCAAAGUGGGGGCAAAGACCAGUCUGUGCUGCUAGCAACCACCAAGACUAAGAAGCAGAACAAGCUUUCGGCCUUGCUUCACAAGUCACUCAUGAAAAAGGAGUUCCCCAGGAUGGCCAAGGCGGUCAAAAACUAG